UAGAGGGGCGGAAGGGGCGUGUCCUCUCUCGCAGACAAACUCAAGUUUCCUCCAAAUGGCGAAAGCAGCGAAAACAACAGGAUAAGGACACAAAUAGGGAGGAGAAGCAAUUCUGGGAACAAUUCGUAAUACUGUCACGGUCCGGUCUCCAUCUAGCCAGAGGGGUUUUCAGGGAGGUUUUCUUUAUUUUGACAGAAACUUCUCCGCUCCAAAGACGGAAACAGCGACCAAACAAGAGACUUUUGACCUGUGCGCAAGCUGAAAGCAGCACCAACACAUGCAGGCUGAAAAACCUCCUCCGUCCGACCAGACAGACCACAGCAGGCAAACCGGAUAUCACCCUGAGAUCAAACUGUGCUUGAUGCGGGCGGCGUCAGGAUGGGCAACAGCAGCAGCGAUCGCUCCAGCAGCGAGAGGUCAUUCAGAGAUGGACCGUCCGGAGGGAAGGAGGCUCGACCCAACAUCAUGAUGGACAGCAACGACGACGCGGAGCUGUUCAACAGGGAAGAUCCGAAGGCUUCCCCAGACAUACAGGAGUUUCUGGCCUGGCAGCAGGACCUCGACUGCGACAAUAAGGACCCGGCGCAGGCCAGACCGACCGUCUUCAGAUGGGCCGGGUCAGCCAAGGAAGUCUUUGUGUCUGGUUCUUUUAACAACUGGGCCACCAAAAUCCCUCUUAACAAGAGUCAGAAUAACUUUGUGGCUAUUGUGGACCUGCCAGAGGGGGAGCACCAGUACAAGUUUUGCGUUGACGGACAGUGGACUUUGGAUCCGACAGGGCCCGUGACAACAAGCAAGACUGGCACAGUCAACAACAUCAUUCAAGUGAAUCAGACUGACUUCGAAGUCUUCGAUGCCCUCAAGAUCGACUCACAGGAUUCAACGGACAUGUCUGACCUGUCCAGUUCCCCACCCGGGCCCUACCAACAGGACGGAUAUCUCAUCAAGCAAGACGACAAGAUCAAGCAGCCUCCUAUCUUGCCGCCCCACCUGCUCCAAGUGCUGCUCAACAAGGACACGGGCGUCUCUUGUGACCCGACACUACUUCCAGAGCCGAACCACGUCAUGCUGAAUCACCUGUAUGCCCUUUCCAUCAAGGACGGGGUGAUGGUUCUCAGCGCUACUCACCGAUACAAAAAGAAAUAUGUGACCACUCUCCUCUACAAACCCAUAUAACCCAGAGGGAUCACCAUCAUCCUGAUGUUCCACACAGCUGCUACUUCUAAUGACGAUUGAUGAUGAAACAGGACCAACAUUUCUAUAAAAAAGCGUUCUGAACUCUUCGAUCUCUUGUUUUAUCAACCUGUUAAUACCAAGCUCUUUUUCUUUUAAUAUUUUUCACAAUGUUUCAUACUGUCAGUGUGUGAAUAAACCAAUCUUGCCUUGCCACAUAA